CGCGCCGGGGCUUUCGGUACCCCGAGCGUUCUCCGUAGCUUCCCUCUUCUCUCCCCGCCCCUGGGCCUCCGCACUGACGCUGUCCGGGCGGGAGCCGAGCCGGAGUCGGAGUCGGAGCCGGAGCCGCAGAGACGUGGAAACAGGGAGGCCUGAGCCGGUGUGCGCCAACCCGGCUGCGGCGGCGACCGUGGCUUGUUCUGUCCCCUCUGCCACCCGUUCGCCCGUCCGUGAGCUGGAAGCGGAUCUCCCCGCCGGCUGAGACAGGUUGUCUUAUGGAAAUGAAGGUUUAAGGACAAGUUAUCUACCAGAUUAAAAGAUGGGAUCGAAUAGCAGCAGAAUUGGUGAUCUUCCUAAAAAUGAGUACUUAAAAAAGUUAUCAGGCACAGAAUCUGUCUCUGAGAAUGACCCGUUCUGGAAUCAGCUACUGUCAUUUUCUUUCCCUGCACCAACUAGCAGUACCGAGUUGAAGCUCUUGGAGGAGGCAACUGUUUCAGUCUGCAGGUCUUUAGUUGAAAACAAUCCUCGAACAGGAAACCUUGGUGCACUAAUUAAGGUCUUCCUGUCUAGAACCAAAGAACUAAAACUUUCAGCAGAAUGUCAGAACCACAUCUUCAUUUGGCAGACACACAAUGCUUUGUUUAUUAUUUGCUGUUUGCUGAAAGUGUUCAUUUGUGAGAUGUCAGAGGAAGAGUUACAACUUCAUUUUACUUAUGAAGAGAAAUCUCCUGGCAGUUACAGUUCUGACUCAGAAGAUCUUUUGGAAGAAUUGCUGUGCUGUUUGAUGCAGCUAAUCACUGAUAUUCCACUCUUAGAUAUUACAUAUGAAAUAUCAGUAGAAGCUGUGUCAACAAUGGUGGUUUUCCUUUCCUGCCAGCUCUUCCACAAGGAAGUUUUGCGACAGAGCAUCAGUCACAAGUAUUUGAUGCAAGGUCGAUGCCUCCCAUAUACCAGCAAACUUGUAAAGACCUUGUUGUAUAACUUCAUCAGGCAAGAGAAGCCACCUCCUCCAGGGGCACACGUUUUCCCUCAGCAGUCAGAUGGGGGAGGGCUGCUGUAUGGACUGGCAUCAGGAGUAGCAACUGGACUCUGGACUGUUUUCACACUGGGCGGUGUGGGCAGCAAAGCGGCCGCUGCUGCAGAAGUUUCUUCCCCUCUGGCCAACCAGAGUCUCCUGCUUCUGCUGGUACUAGCCAACCUGACAGAUGCUGCAGAUGCACCAAACCCCUACCGACAGGCCAUCAUGUCCUUUAAGAAUACACAAGAUAGCAGUCCUUUCCCCUCGUCAAUUCCACAUGCUUUCCAGAUAAACUUUAACAGUUUGUAUAUGGCCCUAUGUGAACAGCAGACAUCUGAUCAAGCAACUCUCCUUUUGUAUACAUUGCUCCAUCAGAAUAGUAAUAUUAGAACAUACAUGUUGGCUCGCACAGAUAUGGAAAAUCUUGUUUUACCAAUUCUUGAGAUUCUGUAUCAUGUGGAAGAAAGAAAUUCACACCAUGUCUAUAUGGCCCUUAUAGUAUUGUUGAUCCUUACAGAAGAUGAUGGCUUCAAUAGAUCCAUUCACGAAGUGAUGUUAAAAAAUAUUACUUGGUAUUCAGAACGGGUUUUAACUGAAAUUUCACUGGGUAGUCUCCUGAUACUGGUUGUAAUAAGAACUAUUCAGUACAACAUGACAAGGACAAGAGACAAGUACCUUCACACAAAUUGUUUGGCAGCUUUAGCAAAUAUGUCGGCACAGUUUCGUUCUCUCCAUCAGUAUGCUGCCCAGAGGAUCAUCAGUUAUACCUGCCGCCACUUGCGGAGAUAUGUUUAUGUGUUGGACAAACUGUAUUUUCCCCACUCUCACUGUUCUACGCUUCAACAUUGCUUCUCGACCCUCAGUGACAAUGGAGAGGAACUCUUGUCUUUAACUUGCUCUCACAUUCUCAGAUCCUAUGCUUCCAGCUUGUUUUCCUUGCUGUCUAAAAAACACAACAAAGUUCUGGAACAAGCCACACAGUCCUUGAGAGGUUCGCUGAGUUCCAAUGAUGUUCCUCUACCAGAUUAUGCACAAGACCUAAAUGUCAUCGAAGAAGUGAUUCGAAUGAUGUUAGAGAUCAUCAACUCCUGCCUGACAAAUUCUCUUCAUCACAAUCCAAAUUUGGUGUAUGCACUUCUUUACAAACGAGAUCUCUUUGAACAAUUUCGAACACAUCCUUCAUUUCAGGAUAUCAUGCAAAAUAUUGAUCUGGUGAUCACCUUCUUUAGCUCGAGGUUGCUACAAGCUGGAGCUGAGCUGUCAGUGGAACGGGUCCUGGAAAUCAUCAAGCAAGGGGUCGUCGCACUGCCCAAGGACAGGCUGAAGAAGUUUCCAGAACUGAAAUUCAAAUAUGUGGAAGAGGAGCAGCCCGAGGAGUUUUUCAUCCCCUAUGUCUGGUCCUUGGUGUACAACUCAGCGGUGGGCCUGUACUGGAACCCACAGGACAUCCAGCUGUUCACGAUGGAUUCCGACUGAGCACGGGACGCCGUCUCCCACCCUGACCCCCUCCAGCCAAGCAGCCCUUCUAGUUAUUUUCUUUCUGGGGAACAGAGGUAGACAGAUUCCCUGGUGCGUCUUCUAUUAAAGAGGAUCACACAGGCGUGUUUCCCUUGCACACUUGGGUUUGGAGAAUUGGUGCCAGUUGGCAAUAGAUCGCUCAGUUUAGCUUAUAGUGCAAAAAAGGGGAGGGGAGUUACACAACAAUAAUAAAUGUAAAAACCUGC